AUGACACAGGAAAAGAGCACCAUAGACCCUGAUACCACAUAUUUGAGGCGAUUGGAGAGAGAAAUUGCUGCCACUGAAAGGUACCUUUUAGAUGCAGAUAGAGCUAUCAAGCAUCUCGAACAAGAACUACAAUUAGAAAGCAAUAAUAAUACUACUGAAAGAAGCCAUAAAGAGCAUAUAAUAGCAUUACAACAAACAUAUGAGAAACUUCCCUGGAUUCCUGAUAAGAAUGAAGUCCUUGAUACUGCAAUAGCCUCUGUUGAAAUUAGUGACUUGAACAAACAGCAACUGAAAUCUAUAACACUGUUACGCAAUAAUAUCCAAAUGAAAAAGGAAGAGGUUACAGAUUUGGAACAGUUACUAAUUGAAUAUCAACAACUUAUCCCAUUACUUGAUAUUCAAGAAGAGGAAUCUCAAAGAAUUCAAGACUUACUUGAGACCCGAAGCAAUGAUGAUUUGCAGUCAACUCCAGAUUCAUUUCUCCAAGAUCUUGGAACCAAUAAGGAACACACUCAAAAGACUGUUAAAAUGCUUCAACGUGGAUUAACGAGAAUUCUCCGGAAAUAUAUUGCAAUAUCUGAUUAUAAGAGUGGGAAUAGUACCCCUGUGCAACAAGCCACACUUCGAGAUAGAUUGGCUGAAGCUUACAAACUAGUACGUAAUUUGCUUUCAUAUGUUUCUUCAAACUCAUGGGUUGAGGUUGAUCUGCCUACUGAAACAGAAGAGACUUUAAUAACGACUUGGAUCAUCAACGAUAUCUUAUUGGUCCACGAAGAUUCAAUUCCUGGUCAUCACUAUAAAGUUAAGUUUAGAUCUUAUGGUGUCUGA